CAGUAAGUAAUGUCAAGUUUACUUUUACUGAAACGUUAGUAGCUGCUUUGUCGAUGGACGAUGAAAGUAAUAAUGUGAAAAUUCAGAGUGGCACUACCUCCACAACUUCUAUGAAAAGAUAUCGACGAAAAGGAAGUGGAAGUAUAUCUUCAAAUGUACCAAAUCGCCGAGAUAGUAAAGAUAAAAUUCAUGGAUCGAUAAAUUUAGAUUUUAUUGCUGAUAAUAAUAUAGGAGAAGGUAGUAGCACUGUUGCAUCAAAUAUGGUAACAUCAGAUUCCACAGUGAAAAAGGAUACUCACGCGUAUAAUCUUAAAAAAGAAAAUAAUAAUGGGGGAAAGGAAAGUACAUCAAACCAAAGCAAGAAGACUUCCAAUACCAAUCAUAAUGAUAAUACUCGAGUUGGCGUUGAAGCAUUACCUCCACUAUUACCAACAUCAUUAACACCAAUAGAAGUCUCUUUACCUCUACUUACUGAACGUACUACUACUAUUCCUUCUUCCCGAACGAAUAAAAUAUGUGCACAUUGUGGAGAUAAUGCUCGUGAUGGUGGUGGUGCAGACACUCGAUUAUUAUGUAUUAACUGCAAUGGGAUGGUCAACGUUUUAUUAAGUGAUGGAUCUUUAAAUAAUGAAGAUGUCUAUUGGCAGCAUGUAGUUACACGAAGAAGAAAGUAUUCGCGUCUUCUUUGGGGUGAAACAAGCGAGAAUUGUGUCAAACUUAAUGUUCUUGAUGGAAUGAUACCGACAACCAAACGUCAAAGAUGGAUAAAGCGGUUUGAAAGUGAUUAG